AUGUCAAUACCUUUGCUUAGUCUGCUGGGCCAUCCUGAAAAUAAUCCAGUUUCUGGAAGUCGUGAUGCAACCAUACUAGACGACAAUGUCAGGCUUUUGCCACGAAGUGGUUCAAAUGGUUCUGUCUGUACUAGUUUGCCACCAGGGAAUCUUGUAAAUCUUGACAACUCCGACAUUGCUCUUCGAAAUCAGCAGAUGCCCAUCCGUUCUCGACACCAACUAUCUUUAAAUGAACAACAAAUCCUUGCUCGACGUGAAGUAUCUUUACAGCAAAGAGAAGAAAGACUUCGUUCUUUUCACGGUUUAUCUUUAGAAGAAUAUCGCAACCGUGUUCAUGCCUCAAGACGGAGAGACCGUCUCCACCCGGAACCUUCUUUACCAGCACUUCCUGAGGAAGCAAUUCUGCGUGGAGGAACUCCUCUAGAGGAACUUCGGCGCCGGCCUUGGGAAUCUUACCGUGAACGCAGUUUGCCUCUUCCACCACCGUUGUUGUCUCGUGUGUCUGACAGAAUUUCAUCUCCCUCAUCUUCUAAUUUAAUGCGCAGACCAUCCAGGGCUCGGCGAAUGAGUAACUGGAUGAGUCGAGUUUUUAGUCGACGCUCAUCCUCAAACACUCGUCAACCAUACCCUGGAGGCUCUACGGGUGUUUUUAGAGUGCAACCUAAUUCGGCCAGUCAGGACUCCAACAGAGUUCAUGAGCAAGGUUUGGAUUUGAAUGAGUAUACAAACCUUUCUGAAAUUGCAGACUUUUCUACUCGCGUGUUACAUGCUCAAGGAUCCACAAGAAGCAAUGACUCAAGCAAUGAUUGGGAUCCCUUUUCAAGACACAGAAGACCACCUGCCCGCCAAAAUAGAUCUUUGUCUCGUUCCUUUGCUAGCGAAGAUGAGGAUUUUCAAACUUCCGAACGUAGGGCUUCUUUAGGCCAAUUUGAAGAGGGACCGGGUUUGACAAAUCAUGCCCCUUACCCACAAGAAGACCUUGGUGAAGAAGCAAUGACUCGACCUCAAGCACACUCAGCCACUCCUAAUCAAUGGAACGAUAGGAACAUAGACAAUGGAAAUUUUUCUAGCUCUCACACUAUCAAUAAUAAUUUAACAAGGCGUCAUCCACCUGCCGCUGAAGCUUAUUCUAGACCAGAGUUUGGUGAUCUUCGUUAUGGUGCACCACAAGCCGCUCAUGAUAGUAUCUCCAAUUUCCCCAAUGACAGACUGAUGACUACUCGCAUGCUUUAUGAUUUUUUGUCACCACGCAGAAUGUAUGAUUGGUUUGGCGGUGCGUUUGAACAUUGGCGAUAUAAUGAUUUGUCUAUGGUUUGGGCUGAGGUGAUAAAACGUGAAGUGUUUGCUUUUGCUGUUCGCAGGGUGCGCGUCGUAUGCAUGUAUGAAGCAGAGAUGGCAGCACUUGCUAGGCUAGAGGAAAUUCACAAGCUUCAUGGUAAGAAGUCCUGCCACGCAAGUAUUACUAGAAUGUCUUCAUGCUCGGGAGAGUCAACUGCGUCUUCAUCUUUAUUCUCACUUUUUAACCCUCAGUCUGCUUCUGUGGACCAACAACCAUUGUCUCAGCCAUCGAGAUUGCCCGAACAAAAUAUACCUGCUCUUUUCCCACCUGAUUUUGAUUCUUUCCAAAACUCAUCACCUUCAUCAUCAAAUGCUGACUAUGCCGGAACCUUGGACUUUGAAAUUGAAGAAUUUGGAGCAAGUGUUGUUGUUGUUUUUGAUGACGUUGUCUCAGUACUUUCUCCAAUUAUCCCACGUCUUCGUCUUUCCCUCUGCGAAAAGAGUCUGCUCAUUUAUUUACACUCUAGGGUGAAUGACGACAUGGAAGAAUGCGACAACAUUUUUGGGGGGCUUGUUGAUGGUCAAGCUCCAGUGCUACGUGUUGCCCAUAGUGAGAAGGAAGCUGAGGAUAUUCGUAAAAAGUGUGGUAUUCGCAGUGAUGAAGAAAUGCCUUUCAUGGACUAUUAUGUUGAUAUGGAGAGUAGUGACAAAAAAGAUGAGGUUGAUGAAGACGAAAUGGACAUUGAUGAUGAAAUUGAAAAUGUUAAUGAUGAAGAAGAGGAAGAAUUUUAUACAGCUUUUGCACUUCCGGUUGUUAACCCUGAAAUGACUCGCAACUUGAGACCACCCUUUUCUGCAAUUUUGGAAGAGCGCGAGGACUUUGCCUUUUCAUCGAAGAAUGCGCUAAUUGAAGAGGUUCGAAAGCUACUAGUAAUUGUUUCUGAUGCGAGAAAAGUUCGCUCUUUGUUUCGCGUGGAGCUUUUGCUUCCUUGGGAAGAUUUAAUUCCAGGAUCACGUAGCAUGCUUCAAAAGCUGAACAGACACAUUGCAUUGUAUAUUCUCGGCAAGGGUGGUGCUGUUGAGUUUAUUCAAAAUUCAAAUCUUUUAUCAAGAGAGUUGCCGAUGGAGGGUGAUGUUGAGAUUCCUGGAAUGGGAACAGUGUUGAGUAAGUCUAUUGAAGCAUGUGCAAAUAAGAUUCUAUUGGAAGAAUCAACAGGUUGUUCCUUUUUUGAGUAUGCGAUUCCUGACGAGUGUCCAAUUUGCAUGGAUCCAUACCAGCCUACAAACCAUGUCACUAUUCUUCCCUGUAGCCACAUGUUUCAUACCAAGUGCGUUACAACUUGGGCAACAAGCGCGAAUUCUACAUGUCCUACGUGUCGCUACGAUUUGCAGCAAUUUAUUGAAUGGUAA